AUGCCCAUCACUCUCACCACAGCCAAGCAUCUACCGCAUGCAUGGAAAUUCCCGAGGGCAGCCGAGGUCGAAGAGCUUUUCGAACAAUCCUAUCCAAAGGAGCUUAUCGGUAGCAAAAGGCUGAUUGGAAAGUCAUUCACUAAAGAUCUCUUCGACACAUCUCACACCUCUGCGUCCAAAAAUGGCUUUGCCUGGGCGGGGUUCUACGCCUAUAGUCAUCACCGUAAUCGUGCUCCGAUCCGAAGAUGUGUGGUUCACUAUUCUGACACAGCUCAGUUGCUUCGUUAUUGCACAUUCCGAGGAACUGCUACAUCUAUUCGUCUCGCAUAA